AUGUCACUUAACGUUCGCUCAGUCGCCGUUGUGGGUGGCGGCGUCAUCGGCGCAAGCUGGGCCUACCUCUUCCUCACGAAAGGGCUGAGAGUUGUCAUGUCAGAUCCCGCCAAAGGGGCAGAAGAUUCAUUCAAGCUUUUCAUCACCAAAGCCAACGCCGACUCAGAUGGGUCUGCCAGUGACCUGCAGAAACUCCUGGUCAGGUUUGAGUUUGUUGAUGACAUUACGCCGCACUUGCCAAAGGUGGACUUUGUUCAAGAGAACGGGCCAGAGCGCUUAGAACUCAAGCAACGGAUCGUGGCGUCGAUCGAUGAGCACACCCGCCCCGAGGUCGUAAUCGCUUCGUCCUCGUCCGGCCUUCCCCCAUCACAAUUCAUCACCGAAUGUAAGAAAGCACCUGGUCGCGUUCUGGUGGGGCACCCCUUCAACCCGCCGCAUUUGAUCCCGCUGGUCGAAGUUGUCCCCCACCCCGGUACCAAUCAGGCUUCCAUCACCGCUGCUCUGGAAUUCUACAAGUCGCUCGGCAAGCGGCCUAUUCAGCUUCGCAAAGAGAUUCCCGGCUUCGUCGCGAAUCGUCUUCAGACAGCGAUCAACAACGAGGCAUACAGUCUGAUCAGCAGAGGAGUUGUCUCGGCCCACGAUCUCGAUGCUGCCGUCUCAUCAGGUCCCGGUCUUCGAUGGGCACUCACUGGGCCGAUUGCCAUCAAUACCCUCGGUGGUUGGGAGCAGGAUAUCCUACGUAACCGCUUCGUCUGGGACGAAACAGAUAUUGCGAAGUUGAGAGACGAGGUCAACAAGUCUUAUGGCAGUACUGACUGGGACGAGAUUGUGCGCGAGAGAGACUCCGUGCUGAUGGACCUCCUGGCUUCAAAGUCCAAAGCAACCUCGUUAGACUGA